AGCUCUUCCACCCCCAUUCCUCGCUCGCUCGCUCGCUUUGCUAUUUCAUCUCCCUGUUUCUCUCCUCGUUGCCUUCUCUCCCUCCCUGCCUGGCUUGGCUCUGGCAUGCUCUAGGAGGCUCUUUUCUUGCCUGUGCCAGACAGUGUCCCCCUAGACACGCAGCCUCUUUUGGAACCAGGAGAUGCUUUGAACUGAUGCUGAGGCUGAGGCUGCCCAAGGAAGCUGCAGGCAGGCUCUCCCAGCAUCUCUGAGCUCGUGCUCUCUGAAGCACCGGCUGAAGUUGAGGGAGAGGUUAGGAUGAAGCAGGAAAAUGAGAUCAUGUAGCACUACUUCAAGGCUUCUCAACAUGGAAGGCAACAUGGAAGUUAGCUGGGUUGGCCGUGUCUCCGACCCACCUCUCUUCUUCCUCCUGGAGCAAACCAGGUUCCAUGGACUCCGCCACAUCUUCUCAGGGCGCCUGUCAUGCCCCCGCCGGGCCUUCUGGCUCCUGGCCUUCCUCGGCUCUUUGGCCUUGCUCUUCACCUGGUCCUCCAACCGCAUCCGCUACCUGCUCUCCUGGCCUGUUCACACCAAGGUCCACCUCCUCUAUGCCCGACAGCUCACCUUCCCAGCCGUCACCUUCUGCAACAACAACUUGCUCCUGCUACGGCGCAUGAGCCGAGCGGAUCUUCACCUGGGUGGCUACUGGCUGGGGCUCCUCAAUAAGAACUUGCAGCCAGUGCCUGCUGCCAGGGCUCUGCUGCGGGACCCAAGAUGGCUCUGGCUGGGGAACCUGCUCAAUUUCUCCCACUAUCUGCCACCUUUACCACCGCAGGAGCAGUCCACACGCCGCUUGCUGGACAGGCUGGGCCAUCAGCUUGAGGAAAUGCUCCUUUCCUGCCGCUUUCAGGGCGAGCGCUGUGGCCCCCACAACUUCACGACUGUGUACACCCGCUACGGAAAGUGCUACACAUUCAACUCAGGUCAGCCUGACAAGCCACCGCGCAUCACCAAUAAGGGAGGAACGGGUAACGGCUUGGAGAUCAUGUUAGACAUUCAGCAGGACGAGUAUCUUCCUGUCUGGGGAGAGACAGAUGAGACCUCAUUUGAAGCUGGGAUUAAAGUGCAGAUCCACAGCCAGGAUGAGCCGCCCUGUAUUGACCAGCUGGGAUUUGGGGUGGCACCUGGUUUCCAGACAUUUGUGUCGUGCCAGGAGCAGCGGCUCAUCUACCUUCCUCCACCCUGGGGUGACUGCAAGUCAGUGACAAUGGAAUCUGAAUUCUACGAUACCUACAGCAUCGCAGCCUGCCGCAUAGACUGUGAGACUCGCUACCUGGUGGAGAACUGCAACUGUCGCAUGGUGCACAUGCCUGGUGAUGCCCCCUAUUGUACACCUGAACAAUACAAGGAGUGUGCAGACCCAGCCCUUGACUUCUUGGUGGAGAAAGAUAAUGAUUACUGUGUAUGUGAGAUGCCUUGCAAUGUCACCCGUUAUGGGAAGGAGCUCUCCAUGGUCAAGAUUCCCAGCAAGGCAUCAGCCAAGUACUUGGCCAAGAAAUACAACAAGAGCGAACAGUACAUUGGAGAGAACAUCCUGGUACUGGACAUUUUCUUUGAGGCUCUGAACUAUGAGACCAUUGAACAGAAAAAAGCAUAUGAAGUGGCUGGACUUCUGGGUGACAUUGGGGGUCAGAUGGGGCUGUUCAUUGGAGCCAGUAUAUUAACUGUGCUGGAGCUAUUUGACUACGCCUACGAGAUUAUUAAGUACCGCUUCUCUCGCCGUGGCAAGUGCCAGAAGAAACACAAAGGCAACAACAGUGACAAGGGGGUAGCCCUGAGCCUGGAUGAUGUGAAGCGCCACAACCCAUGUGAGAACAUCCGAGGCCAUCCAGCAGGCAUGACGUACGCAGCCAACAUCCUACCUCACCAUCCGGCCCGGGGAACCUUUGAGGACUUUACUUGCUAACUGACCACUGGAUGUACAACUAACACUACCAAAGGGAAGGGCCCAUGCUGAGCAGCCCUGGCCCAGCCCAGCCCACGAACCUGCCAACCUCCUUGUCAGGGCCUCUAUCUCAGACUCCCAGAAGAGGCAGCCCCUCCUCAACCCACCCGCCCCAGGCCAAGGCAGUGAUACGCACACAGAGCAAACUGGACAGAGGCGGGGUGUGUGGGGGCAGUGGGGGAUGUCUGUGCUGUCAGGCUCAUGCUAGUUUCUGCUCUUGUCCCAAUGAUGCCCUUGAACUUUUAACUCAGUGAGAAGAGCUGCCAAGAGAACAUUUUGCAGUGCCGAGUGAAGGCGAGGGCAUGGCCUUCUCCAAUCCACAUGCAGGGAAGUCUUGACUGCCUGUACGCCCCUCCUGCAGCCAUGCUGCUCCAUGCCCACAAUGAGCCUUGUGUGUGGGUGGCCAUCUUGUAUGAAGGCCCUCUUUCUUUUAAUCUCAAUGCCAAGAAGAACCUACAGGCGUGCCAGCCAAGCUGUUCCCCCACAGUGUUCAGUUUGUAAUGAUCACUUGCACUAUCCAAAGGAGGUGCUACAUCAAUUUCCUUCCCCCACUACCAUCACCAUCUUGCUGUGUAUUAUGGGAAACCACAGCCAAGGCUUUUCCUGUAGCAAGACCGUAACUGAACUGUGAGGGCCCACUUGAAGAGGACAUGUUACCAACUACUUGUCUCACCCAACUAAUAGUUUCCCUUUUUGUCUAGCCUGGACUCUUCUCUGGGUCUGAGCUUUGUCCCCAACUACCCCCCACCACAUAUGAAAGGCAGAUGAAUGAUAGGUGAUGAGCUGUUCCAAAGUUUAAAACAUUGACGUUAUGUGCUGCCUGGGCCCCUUCUGUGCAUGUUCUUGGGGGUUAUGUGGAAAUUCUCAAGUACUGUGUGCCAUUUUGCAGUAGGAUACAAAAUUGUUUUCAAACAAGUCUCACUUUAUAGUUCCACAACUUCUGAAAGGGGAAGAGAGAGCAGCCUGCCCUGCUGCAUUUGAUCCUGGGUUUCAUUUUUCCCCUCUACAGUGGCAUGGCAACCUUUUAGCCCAAUCCAGGCUAAAAGGCAGAAAGAACACACCAUUAUUCCUUUGGCUGUGCACAUGUGUAGGGGUGAACCAUGCCAGUUCCUGCCUCAGCACCAUGGCUUGAAGGAACAGGGGGGACCUGUAGGCAAGUGUCAAUAAUAGCUCUGCUUUAGUGCAAUGCAGAAAACUUGUUGCCCCUAAAUUUCUACAGGCGUUGCGCAGACAUGGCCUGUCCUACCUUUGGGCCAGUAGUUUGCUGGCGAUGAUGAGGGGGGAAAACAUGCCACCAUCAGAAACACACAAAGGGUUUCCACUCCAGGCAAAUGCAUGCUAAUGGUGGAAAACAUUUUUUUUUAAUUUGGCUAUUAAGCAUCAUCAGCAUAGACAGAAAUAAAAAGCAGCUCAGGGGAGUGAAGGUGUCUCUCUUGGCAAUGAAAGCCUCCUGGAUUUAUCUGAUGCUUUGCAGAACCAAGUCCUGUUUUGGAACAUCUGUGUUACCACAACCUGAUUGUGGAAUGGGAAGGUCACCAAGAUGGAGGGCUCCCUUUCAGGAGACGUUUUCCCCUGCUAGGAGAGUUGUGUACCAUGGAAGGCAUAGAUUAGGGAGGGUGGUUUGGGUUUCCUUCUGUAGUGUUUGUUUCUGGCCUGAUUUGACCUCCCGUACAACCUGUUCACAGUGCUCAUCCUGAGAAGACAAGAAUGGUGGUGAAAAUUUAUCACAAUGAGAGGAGAUGACCUCUUCCCAAAAGCAGUUACCACCUGUUCCUACCAUAGCAGAAGGUCCUAGGUUCAAUCUUCAGCAUGUCCAGGUAGGGCUGGGAAAGAUCUGAAACCCUGGAGAACCACUGUCAGUCAGUGCUGACAGUAUUGAGCUAGAUAAACCAAUGGUGUGACUCAGUAUAUGGCAGAUUCAUGUUCCUAUUUAAAAUCACCUUUUAAAAAGCCCAGGCUUGUUAUCCAAAAUUUUUCCAAUCACUCAGCCUAAAUGAGGGACUGAUACCACCAUUGGUGGAGAGGCUUGUCUGAAAUUGUUUUACAAAAUGAUUCUGGUGAGCUUGUCUGCCCAGCUCUGUUCUGAGUGAAGGUAUAUGUAUGAAGCACUCCAGGUCUUACUGGGGGGGAGAAAAAGCUUUCUAAAAAUUUUGUAUGAAGCUACAACUUGACAAGGUUGAGAACUGGAGGCCUUAGCAGGUGGGGAUUAGAGACCUAUGACCUCACCCUAUGAUCCUAUCUACAUCCAGCUGUUGUUGAUGUCCUCUCCCACUCCUUUGGUGGUGGCUCAGCUGGUCUUGGCUCACAACUCACUGGAGCCAUCCAAGUUAUAAAACACACCAGUAUGGGAUAUGAACCGGCCAAGGGGGAGGAAGAAUCAACAGUCAAAGUAAAUCUGGAUUAUUUAGGUUCAUCAGUGGUGGGCUAAUAUGUGUGAGAGACCUUGCAGAGUGGCAGGGGACUAGGCCUGUGCUCCUCCCAUGCCUUAUGAGCCUAUGGCUGUAAAGAGAAAAGGGGGAAAAUAGAGAAAUUCUGAUUACAUUAUGGGGAUUAAGUGAAAGGCUGCAGAAGAAACAUGCCCCUGUGGAGUCCCAGGUAUCUAUCUGUAGCCCCAUGGGAGCCAUGGGACUUGAUGGCACAAAGAUACCCACUACUAAACUGCCUCUCAGACACGCUUGCCUACUUGGCAUUUUUAUGCCCUUCGGGGGGGGGGGGAUGGGAGAUAUGCCAACAAUUGUGUUGCUUUUUCACUUUUAAAGGAAAUAGGCUCCCUCCCAGCCUGGGCGCCCACAGCAUCUAGUGCCUGUCCCAGUCCAGCCUCUUCCCUCAACAUUAAUUUAGGUAUGCUGCAUGUGCAGCCUCCCCAAGGCCAAAGUUCUCCUUAUCUUUAAGAGCUUCUGCAAUAAAAUCUCAUUUUGAGUGUGUGUGUUUUUAAAGCUUUAUUUUGAUCCUAAUUAUGCUAGGGCUUGGUGGUCUGAACUUUCUCAUUAAAAGGGUGUUUGCUGUUCAUGUUUGGCCCCCUGAAUAAAACUAGGCCCUAAUUUCCCAAAGAUGCGACAACUCUGCUAUGGCUGGAACUUUUAACAUGGACCUUUCUGGAGAGGGUCUUUACUUUGAGAGUGGGGGGGGUUCAUUUUUCUUUAUUUUUCAUUUGGUUGUUUCUACUUUUCUGCUUGAAAGCUUUUGAAGAUAGGGCUCAAAUUUGACCUCUUUUUAAUUUAACCAUUUUUACUACUUCAUGCUCAUUUUAUAUUUCUUAUGUAUAAAAUAUAUUAUAUAUAUUAUUAUAUAUAUAUAUGUACAUAUAUAGAUAGAUAUAUACAUACACACUCCUCUAUAUGCUCCAUGACAGUGUAUAUACCCAUCUGGUAGCAUCAAAAGCGUUGAUAUUGUGCCAUUAUAAUUUUUUUUCCAACUAUCGAUCUCUGAAUGCCUUCAAGUGUAUAAAGUGUUGAAUUCUCUCUGGUAUCUGUACUAUGUACACAUUUUCAUAGGAAGCACAAGAAGAUGACAAAUGCAUUGUAUAU